AUGCUUCGAAUACCAUAUUUACAACAAAGAAGGGGUUUUUUCCAAGUCUACAAAGGACCUGUACGACCAUCACUUGUAGCCAACAAAACGUAUCCAAUACUAAUAUGGAACAAUAUUAUUCCCUACCAAGCCAAGUAUCUCACUGCAUUUGGAGCCAGUAUAUUAUCAUUUAUUAAAAUACACCCACUGGUUUUAAUUACUCUAGGUCCACCGAUAUGCAUUGGCUCAUAUUUCCUGUAUAAAUGGCUUUAUAACAAGCUUGUGAAUAAAGAAGCCAAAAAGGCGGUAGGAGGCAUUCCGCCUAAUAUGAAUGAAAUAUCAAUCAAAGACCAGUUGAUUAUUUCACCACUACUGAUUGUCAAAAUUCUACCGUACGAUGAAACACAAUUGUACAAUUUACAACACGAUAUUGAUAACGAAUACCAGUCAUUCACUACACAAGUUGUUGAUCUAAUUGAACAGAGAAUUAUCGAAUUUGUUUCGCGCAACAAACUGGGUAUGGAACUGAACCUGAACCUGGACCUGGACCUGAACCUGGACCUGAGUCUGAAUGAGAAAAAUUCCAUUUUAUCAGAUUUUAUAAUCGAUGGUUCUCAAUUAAAUGUGCAUAUAUUUCCUGACCAAAUCGAGACGUUUACCACUACAACAGCAGACUUGAGUAAAGCCUAUAAUAUACCAGGGACCGAGGGCUUCCCUUGUCGCUUUGUUAAGUUGCUGGUGCCUUAUUUCAGCGAACGUGAUGUAGCAAAGAGGAAAAGAUUGGGUGUAAUAUCUGCUUGGCUCAUCAAUCUUGGCGACAAGGAUGAUUCUCAAUGGAGCAUGGUUAUCAAUGUGUCUCGUAUUGGAUGGAGAGAGCAAAAUCUUUUGAUCCGUGAAAUUGACGAUUGUGAGUACAUGGAAAGCAAGAUGUACCAACAAUAUGGAAAAGAAAAGUGA